AUGCAGCCACAACACGGCCUUCACCUGUCCUAUGCCAUGAGUGUGGCUGGCAUGGUCAAUGCCAUUAGCCGGGCCUGUCGUGAAGGGGAGCUCUCCACCUGUGGCUGUAGCCGGGCCCCGUGGCCCCAGGACCUUCCCUGGGACUGCUGUAGGGACAAUGUGGAGUACAGCUACCAAUUUGCCAAGGAGUUUGUGGACGCCCAGGAGGGGGAGAAGAACUUUGCCAAAGGCUCAGAGGAGCAGAGCAGAGUGCUCAUGAACCUGCAGAACAAGGAGGAAGGGCGAAGGGCCAUGUACAAGAUGGCAGAUGUUGCCUGCAAGUGCCACUGCUUCUCAGGCACUUGCAGUCUCAAGACCUGUUGGCUCCAGCUGGCCGAGUUCCGCAAGGUGGGGGACCAGCUGAAGGAGAAAUAUGAUAGUGCCGUGGCUAUGCAUGCCACCUGCAAGGGCAAGCUGGAGCUGGUCAACAGCCGCUUCAACCAGCCCACCCAGGAGAACCUGGUCUAUGUAGACUCCAGCCCCGACUACUGCCUGUGCAAUGAGACCACAGGCUCUCUGGGCAUCCAGGGCCGCUUGUGCAACAAGACCUCGGAGGGCAUGGAUGGCUGCGAGCACAUGUGCUGCGGCCGAGGCUUUGAUCAGUUGAAGAGCGUGCAGGUGGAGCGCUGUCACUGCAAGUUCUACUGGUGCUGCUACGUCAAGUGCAAGAAAUGCACCGAGAUUGUCGACCAGUAUAUCUGCAAGUAG